AUGUUGAUGCAAUUAUUAUUCUUAAUUCUCUUAAUCGUUAUUGAUUAUGGUGCAUCAAUGAAAUUAGUAACGAGAAUUAUAGGAGGAAAACGUGCCUGUCGAGGUGAAAUCCCAUAUCAAAUUUCUCUGCAAAAUGAAAAUGACAUACAUUUCUGCGGUGGAGUUAUAAUUAACAAGUAUUACGUGCUAACCGCUGCUCACUGUGUAUCUAAUGCCAACACUUCGGGUCUGUCGGUCGUUGCGGGAACAACAGAUUUACAAAAACCGUAUUCAAGGCGUCUGGUUCAAUCCAUUUUCAUACACGAAGAGUACAAUCUUCCACCUUUGACCAAUGAUAUCGCUUUACUUAAGCUUCAAAAGCCAUUAAAAUUUUCUUCUCGGAUAUGUUCUGUCAAUUUACCGAAACAAAAUCAAACUGUCAAGGGAGGCUCGAUAGCAGAAGUAUCGGGAUUCGGAAUAAUAUCUUGUGAAGGAGAAGAGACUGAACAUUUAUACGUUGUAGACAAUAUCAUAACUAAUCAGACUUGUUGUAGAAAAUUGUUUGAUGCAGCAGCAAAUAUAACCAUUGAGGAUACGCAAAUCUGCGCAAAUAAUCCAACCAUACAAAAGGGUGCAUGCGUGGGUGAUUCUGGUGGCCCUCUUACUGUCAAUGGACUGCUAGUAGGACUCGUCUCGUUUGGACUUUAUCCUAACAUUUGUACUAGCAUAGAAUAUCCCGCUCCGUUAAAAUCUAAGAUUUACCAUAUAUUGACCAAUAUGAAGGUGAUUCGGAGGGGGCCCUUGAUUAAUGAAAAACCUGUCGGCCUCGUAUCAUGGACAGAAGUUUGUUUCCCUUAUUGA